AUGAGCCCACGCAACAGGGCUCCGAUCUGGGUCUCGAGAUUCAUACCAGCUCUCCUCGUCUUGAUCGUCGGCUAUGCGAGCUGGGUUGUCGUGGGCCCGCUCGGCAUCAACUACCUGAUCAACCCACCCAAGGAUCAAUAUGGCACUCUUCUACACCCACAACGCGUCGAAGCCGGCCUUGCCAUAUCCAUAGUCUACUUCGCCCUCUUAAUACCAGUAGCCGUCACCUGGCUUCGACUGCUUCUGAUAGUAACCAGGGAUCCCGGCUACAUACCCCAAGGUCCCGAGCAGGAACGACAUUCCAGCGAGCCGCAGCCGGGUAUUGAAGACUUCUGGCGAAGAGAUGUCUUCGUGUGCGACCCAAAUGGUCUGCCGAUCUGGUGUGCUCAUUGCAGGAACUGGAAGCCGGACCGCACGCACCACAGUCAAGAUGUUGGCAGAUGCACGCGGAAGAUGGACCAUUUCUGCCCUUGGGUCGGCGGUGUCGUCGGCGAGCGCACGUUGAAGUUUUUCAUCCAAUUCGUGUUCUACACCAUGAUCUUGACUGGCUACCUGACCGUCGUCCUGGCAUACUGGGUAGCACGACAGAAAGGCCAUGUGCAUUGGUACGUGGCUCUUGGUCUAGCUGGAUUCUUCUUGUUGUUCACACUGGGUAUGGUGAUGAAUAGUUUGAACAUGGUCUUUCAGAACAUCACCACAAUCGAGAACGUGAGCAGGAGAAUGUAUUUGGCAGUGCUUCUCCCUCCGGAAAGACAGGUGGACCCUACCAUGCCUCCACCGCCAGCCAAGGUUUCGCCUACCGCGGACGACGACAGUGACCGGCCCAUGACUUCGCACCUCGACGAUCCGGCACACCUCAACUACUUCAGUCGGCCAUCGCGUUCUGGCAAUCCUAUGCAGCCUCCGGACCCGGCCCCACCUGCAAAAUCAAAGAUCUGGAAAGGAACCAUCACAUUUCCCUUACAUCUUCCUGUCGAUAGGCCGCCCUUGCCAGCACCUCAGCCGAGGAUCUUCGCGAUUCUGCACACCCCACCCGGCCUCAACCCUUGGAACAUGGGAAGCGCCUACACCAACUUCAAGCAAGUCUUCGGUGAUAAACUGCAUGAAUGGGUGUUUCCGAUCAAACAUUCGCCUUGCUGCGACCACACUUCGCAGAUAUCCGAAUUCCCACUUGGCUCGGAAUUUGAGCUACUCCUGAUGGAUGCUGGCCUAGUACAGCGCGAGAGACCUCACAGAAAGGACCGACGAUCAAGUACUUCUCGUGGCGGAAAGCGGAAGCGUAGGCUAGACGUUGGUUGGCAAGACGGAGAGCGCCCAGAUGGGUGGGUCAGCGAAAAGGAAGCCCGGAGAAUCAGAAACGAAUGGCGAAGGCGCGCAGAGCAGGGACAGCAGCCACUGGAAGUACAUUGA